ACAUAUGUAUAUACUCUGUUUACAGGGCUACUUAUAAGAAGUUUAAUAAGAGCAGUGUCUCUGUUAUGUUCGAGCAAUCGAGUACUAGAUUCAUAUAUAUAUACUUUACUUUCUGAAUUUAUUUAUCAUCGUCUUUAAAAAAUGAACAAUCAAAUUAUUAUUAUAAUUCUGAUCAGCUCAGGACUCUUCGCUUUUUGCCGAGCGCAAGACAUUUCGGCGUAUUUAACAGAUAAACGUUUCAUCGAUAAGGAACUUCACUGCUUAUUGGAAACAGGGGAGUGCGAUGGAUUUGGAAAUCAAAUAAAACGUAUACUGCCCGUAGUACUCAAGGAUAACUGUCGCCGUUGCACUCCGCAGCAGAAAGUAAAUCUACACAGAUUGAUACAAUUUCUACAAUCGCGAUAUCCCACGCAAUGGCGCACGAUCGAAGGAAUGUACACUUCACGAGCUCAUCAUUUCAAUGAAAAUAAAUAGUCUCGUUUGUUUCUUCAUUUUGUUUCGAAAAUGAUUAUAUGACGACGUGGAUAGCGAUAAAAAUCAAUUCAUUUAAGACAUAUGUGUUAUCAUCAUGUUAAAUAUAUCUUUUUUAUGUAACACUUA